UCUGACUUUAUUUUUAUUCUCCUAUCCAGGUCAUGUGAUGGUAAAUGGACCAACCACACCCAUCCCAGUCAAGGCUAAGCCUUCCUCCAUAGACCCUGUCAUCCCUCCUGGCAUUUUGGGCGACCCUCCGGUCGGUUUCCGUGACAUUUUGCUGCGCGACGGUCCUGAGGGAUUUGCCAAGGCUGUCCGCACCCACCAAGGUCUUUUGCUAAUGGAUACCACCUUCAGGGAUGCCCACCAGUCGCUCCUGGCAACCAGGGUUCGGACCCACGACCUGAAGAUGAUCUCGCCAUUUGUCAGCCACAACUUCAGCAACCUUUUCAGCCUGGAGAACUGGGGAGGUGCUACCUUUGAUGUGGCCAUGCGCUUCCUGUCAGAGUGCCCAUGGAAGAGACUCCAGGAGCUGAGAGCUUUGAUCCCAAACGUCCCAUUCCAGAUGCUGCUGAGAGGGGCCAACGCCGUGGGCUACACCAACUACCCUGACAACGCUGUCUUUAAGUUCUGCGAGGUGGCCAAGGAGAACGGCAUGGACAUCUUCCGCGUGUUUGAUUCCCUGAACUACCUGCCUAACAUGCUGCUGGGCAUGGAAGCUGCUGGAGCAGCAGGUGGCGUAGUGGAGGCUGCCAUCUCGUACACAGGCGACGUCUCAGACCCAAUGAGGCAGAAGUACUCUCUGGAUUACUACGUGAAACUGGCAGACGAGCUUGUCAAAGCCGGAACCCACAUCCUCUGUAUCAAGGACAUGGCCGGCCUGUUGAAGCCAGAGGCCAGUAAGCUUCUGAUCGGCUCUCUGAGAGACCGUUUCCCGGACGUACCCAUCCAUGUGCACACACACGACACAGCUGGAGCCGGAGUAGCCGCCAUGCUGGCCUGUGCCGAGGCUGGAGCUGACGUAGUGGAUGUGGCUGUCGACUCUAUGGCCGGGAUGACCUCUCAGCCCAGCAUGGGAGCCAUUGUGGCGUGCGCCAAGGGGACCAAGCUCGACACCGGCAUUGCUCUGGAGAAGGUAUUUGACUACAGUGAAUAUUGGGAAGUAGCCAGAGGCCUGUAUGCUCCAUUCGACUGCACUGCCACCAUGAAAUCAGGCAACGCUGAUGUCUACGAGAACGAGAUACCCGGAGGACAGUACACCAACCUUCACUUCCAGGCUCACAGCAUGGGACUGGGAAAUAAGUUCAAAGAGGUGAAGAAGGCCUAUACUGAAGCCAACAAACUACUUGGAGACCUCAUCAAGGUGACUCCAUCCUCUAAGAUCGUGGGUGACUUGGCCCAGUUCAUGGUGCAGAACAACCUGACCAGGGCAGAAGUGGAGGAGAGGGCCGAUGAGUUGUCCUUCCCUCUGUCUGUGGUCGAGUUCCUGCAGGGAUACAUCGGGAUACCACAUGGAGGAUUCCCCGAGCCGUUCAGAUCUAAGGUGCUGAAGUCCCUCACUCGUAUUGAGGGUCGUCCCGGCGCCUCUCUGCCACCCAUGGACUUCAAGGCCCUGGAGGUGGGACUCCGAGCUGCACACGGUGAUGAAAUCACCCCUGAAGAUGUGAUGUCAGCAGCCAUGUACCCCAAGGUGUUCCAGGAGUUCAAGGAAUUCACUGCUAACUUUGGUCCAGUGGACUGUCUCAACACCAGGCUGUUCCUGGACGGACCCAAGAUCGCCGAGGAGUUUGAGGUGGAACUGGAGAGAGGAAAGAUCCUCCACAUCAAGGCGCUGGCGCUGGGUGACCUGAACAAGGCCGGCCAGAGAGAGGUCUUCUUUGAGCUGAAUGGACAGCUGAGAUCUGUGCUGGUUAAAGACACUGUCGCCAUGAAGGAAAUGAAGUUCCAUCCCAAGGCUCAGAAGUCCAUCAAGGGUCAGGUGGGAGCACCCAUGCCUGGAAAAGUCCUGGAGAUCAAAGUGGAAGUGGGAUCCAAGGUGGAGAAGGGUCAGCCGCUGUGUGUCCUCUCGGCCAUGAAGAUGGAGACCGUGGUCAACUCCCCGGUGGCCGGUACCGUUAAGGUUGUCUAUGUCACGGCCGACACCUCCCUGGAGGGAGAUGACCUGAUACUGGAAAUCGAGGAGUAGUGUGAAAGAGGAGGGAGGGGGGUGGGGUGUGGAACAGGGAGGAUUUAAAAAACAAAAAAAAACAUAAGACAUUUUGGCUCCCCAUUUGUACAUUACGCUAGGGACACAAAAUGAAGCACAUAUCCAGACACCUGAAUGGUGUAAAUAGUAGAUGAUAUGACAAUCCUAAAUAAUAUAUUAAUUCCUUAUUGAAUUGAACCACAAAUGAAACAAUUUAGUUCCCUAAGUGUGGUGAUUCGGUCAAAACAGUACAUCUCUUAAUGUCCUGUCAACUUGUGUAAAAUAACAUAUUUUAGGAAGACAUAAAAUGUAUUGUGAGACAUUCCAUUAAGUAAAUGCUAGUCUUAAACGUGAUGUACUACAAAAUGAGCUAACCAUAUGUAACACUAACAGGUCUACUUGCAAUAAAAUGCCACAAUUUCCAUUUCUAUGCUGUUGGUGUUGCCUAAUAUAUUUAGAGUGCGUAGGUGAAACUUGAUAUUAAUGACUACUUAAUCAGCAGGGUUCAGACGGAAAAGAAUAGACUUGAGGAUCAUCAAAUAGAAACAAUAUUUUUGUAGCAUGCAAGACAUUAUCAAUCUCUCACAUUAGUCAUACUGAAUUCUCAGAAUGAGUCACUGGUAGUAUUUAAACUAGCUUUUUUUUUUGGUAAGACAACAAAGUAAACAUGUUUACCCAGGGGCUAAAGAAAAUAAAUCACAAUCUUUUGUCCAACCUUUUAAAAAUAUUUUCACAAGAAGAGAAGCACAACAGAAAAACCGUAUUCUGUUACUGUAUCAGUAAUGAUAGAUGGUUUAUUCUUUGAAAGAUCUAUGCUGGCUUUAUAAUCCCUAAACCAUAAAUAGUGACAUUGUUGAAAUGAAGCUGUAGGCCAUGUUGGAGACACCAAACAGGAUUAGAGAUGUGAUUUGUGUUUCUACAAAGUACCUCUGUUAUAGUUGGUUUAAAUGUGGCCCAUGUGGAUCAUUUUAAGAGGUGUAAAGUCACAGUCUUGAGGUGUCUCUGGUGUGAUGUUAGAAAAGUUGUCAGUGGAGCAGCGCCACCCUGUCUUUUCAGAAGCAGGCAGAGAUUAUGGUGAAUGGUCUUCUGACUGCAUGGGGAUUUUAAUGCUAGGUGCAAAAGGGAUUACAUGGUGGCGUAAUGGAGGCAUGUGGCAUUUUCUGAGGCUCCGCUGAUUGAUUUAUGAAUUAAUUCUGUCAAAUGAUGUGAAAUUAGCCGGACUAAUAAGAGACUCUGGAGACUUCUAGUAGCAGCACUCAGCUUUAUAUUUCUAAUGUGUGGGGGGGGGGGCCACAUUUUUAAGACUAAGUCAUCCAGAGCUGAGAACACAGUCUAAAUCUUGAUACACACUGAUGCAAAAAUAUUCACACUUACACUCCCAGCCCUUGAGUGCUGCCUGGAUCAAAAGCAAACAAAGCCAAAUCCACCUCACUGGGGUAUGGCUAUCUCCAAAAGAUUUAACAGCAAUGCAGCGGCACCCUUAGUCAGCAAUGUGUUACAUGAUCUAGCUCUGCCAGGCCUUUUAAUCUAGUUGAAGGUCUUGAACCUGAAAGUGAUCUAUGCUGAAUUGAAUGUUUAGCCACCCUGACCAGUGAAAGUAGACAGGAGAAAUUGCCUAGUUCACAUAUCAAUUAAAGUAGGAAAGGAAGGGUCACAAUCUGUUUGUAAUACAGUGAAUGAAGUGUUUGGGACAGUGAGACAGAAAAGACCCUACAACAGGUUACUUUCCCAAAACGAGUGGACAGCUUUGACAGAAUACAUUAAGCAAAACACAAAAAUUGAAGUUUGUACUUGGCUGGAUUGUUUUCAGCAUUUGUGCUCCAUUACCUCACAGAAAGAGUCCCCUUUUGAACUAUGCAUCAAUACUGAGCAGUGAUGCUGCAGUUAAUUAGAACACUGAUAUUUCUCCUCACUCACCCUGCUCACUGUAGCCCCUGGUUUUAUCAAUCUGUAAGUCUUUUGAGCGAGAUGUAGUUGAACUAAGGGAUUGUAUGAGUGAGUGUUUUUGACAAGCUGUUGCACAAUAAUGUAAAGUUCCCUUCUCCUCCUCUCCUUAUUGGCUGUCCUUGUCUAGCUCCAUUGAUCCCUCCAUUCCCUUCUCUCAACAGUGUAAAUUUGCACAUGUAAGAUGACAGCAUCAACUCAUGCAAUAAUGUAAACUGUAUCGCACUGUUUCUAUGUCUUAGCCAGCAGUGAAUAUAACACAAUGCUUAUGACAAUGUACUACUCUUCAGUGUCUUGGGGGGGAAAAAAAGAAUAAAUUGGAGAAAAAGUAUACACAGCUGGAAAAUGUUAU